AGGCACCCUGACAAAUUUCCGUUUGAGCGGGUACAAGAUACCUGAAUUGGAUUGGUUAAAGGAAUAUUCCAUCCCUGUUCAAUUCUUUCCGUUUGAGCAAAUAUACCAAAUGCAAUUGGAAUAUUUGGGUCCAUAUAUUCAUGGCUAUUGACAUAAUAUUUGCAAAUGAUGAUUAAUCAAUGUUAAUGCUAUAAAAAGUGGAUUGGAUAAUUCCUCACGGCACACCUGACGGUUUCUCAAGGUACACUAGUGUGCCGCGGCACAGUGGUUGAAAAUCACUGCUCUAAAUUAUAGCCAUCAUUCACAUCCGGGGGUGGCGGUAGUGCACUAUUAUAGUCAGACCCCGCUGUUAAAAGACAACGAAGAAGAAGAGAAGAAGCAGAAGAAGAAGGAGAGAAGCCUCAGUGCAGCUGGUGUGUUUUGGGAGUGGGCAGGAUUUCCGGAAGACAAGUGACAUGAUUGUAAAAUAGUCGGUUAUAGCUAACCCCGUUUAAGAGAAAAAGGCUAUAUACGCCGCCACUAUGCAAAAUACACGUAUUCGCUGGAAGUAUGUGAGCUACAAAUGAGGAAGCAGCGAAAAAAGUAGGUAAACUUUACUAGUUGCCGACCUACGGCUCCUUGCUGAUUCCAUCGAAAGCCGAUCGCCGCCGAGAGAAACACUUGCGACACGUCAGGUAUCUGGUGGAAGACAGACCCAAUCAUGAGGUUUACAGGCCCUAUGCGAGUUGUGGCAGUGCUGCUGCUCGUGGGACUCGCCUGGCUGCUGGCAAACACCUUGUUUGGAGGAGGAGGCGGUUCAUUUCUGCACCAUUUCUUUAAUAGUGUUUCAGGUGGAAGUCAGGAACCAACACCUGCUGAAGUGCGACCACGGCGCUAUAAAUGUGGCCUCUCAGCACCAUGCCCCACCAAACACCUUGCUUUUCGUCUGGUGUCUGGAGCUGCCAAUGUCAUUGGGCCCAAAAUAUGCCUGGAGGAUAAGAUGUUGUUAAGCAGUGUGAAGAACAACAUCGGGCGAGGACUAAACAUCGCUUUGGUGAAUGGGGUCACGGGGGAACUCCUGGAAACAAAGAGCUUCGACAUGUGGGCAGGAGAUGUUUCAGACCUGUUGAAGUUUCUGCGGCCUCUCCAUGAGGGAACGCUGGUGUUCGUGGCCUCUUUUGACGAUCCAGCCUCGAAGCUGAACGAUGAGUCUCGGCGACUGUUCGAGGAGCUUGGGAGCACGGUUGUGAAGGAACUGGCUUUUCGGGACAGCUGGGUGUUUGUUGGUGCCAAGGGCAUAGAGAACAAGAGUCCGUUUGAGCAGCGUAUGAAGAACAGUAAGAUCGGCAACAAAUACGAAGGUUGGCCCGAGUCUCUGGAGAUGGAUGGCUGCAUUCCCCUGAGGCCACCACUGGAAAGUUAAUUCAGGCCUCAUCGUGUGAGGUAACGGUUUGAGUUGCAUCUGACUGGCUGGUGGAAUGCUCUGGAGCCAUGACUGAAACAUCCUCCUUUCUCUCGUGCCUCAGUCAUGAGUAAACCUGACAUGAAAUACUAAAUGUGGAAGUGGUUAUGAAAGUCGUAUAGAAUUCAGUUGAGUGUGGCGUUCAGAAAGGGGACCUAUUAUUAUUCUCAUUUUUCCACCUUUUGUAUUGAGCUGUGGAGCAGCUACACACAAUAACCCGCACAGAAAACUUUCUAGUGGCGCUGUUGGUCCUGUGGAGCUCAGAAGCCGGAUGUGAAGGCGCCGUGUGGACGCGCAGCACGUUCGACGUGAAUACACCUUUCCUGGCGAGAGCGCACUACUUCUGGCUUUAGCAACAGUUUGGCGGAUAUUUCACGUUCAUGUUCACAAAAACAGUCCCGUGGGAGAUGCCAUUGACAGAUUAAAGAUGAUGAUACACAGCCACGCCCAUAAGGAAGCCUCUGUGACAUCACAAAGGAACAGUUUUGCAACGCCCUCUGAAACCAAGCGUUUUAAGCCAUCCCAAACUUCUUUCAGGGCUCACUUCCAAAUCUUUAAACCUCAUUAUCUGACAUUUUGCCAUGGUUUAGCACGGGAAUACAAGAUUCCCACUACCUUCACAGGUUGGAAAAGUGGAAAAAGCAUAAUAGGUCCCCUUUGAAGAGGUGAAAAAACCCUUCAGAGGUGAAUUGCACGGUGAAACAUGAAGCUGGAGUAGGUCUUCCAUUCCAAAGUAAAUGGAGUUCCUCUAUGAUAGAACACUGCAAACGUUCUAGACAUUUGCACCAUAUCCAAUGUUCUCCAAAAACAGCUGGUUUCGUGAAGGCGUGAGUAAACGUAAUUGGCACCAGAAACAUUUGUGGUACUACAGAUACUUAAAUGUAAACACCAUGUUUUAUAUGAAAGGUAAAUGUUUUUAAUGCUGUGACAAUUAUUGAUGUGAAAUUAUGCAUACCAGAAGCAGUCAUUGUUUCCUUACAACCCGAUGCACCACCAUACUGUUUACAAACAUCGCUUGACAAUUGACUUGUUUUACUUUGAUAUAAACUACAGUGGUACCUCAGUUUAAAAAAAUAUUGCCAAAAAUAUGUCUCGGUUUUCGAUUGCCUCUGUCGGCCUUUUCUGACUGACACAGUUACACUUUUUGAAAUUGAAUAUGGCUGCAAAAUAACCCACAAUGGGGCAGAAAAACAGUUUAUCGUGCCAGCACGGUAAGAAAGGUGAGAAACGCAAAUUCAAAAAGUCGUAGCGAUACAUGAAGGUAGUGUCCGUCUUUGCCAACAAGAGUCUUUAAUAAGGUAAAGGUUCAAUGUCAAUUUGUCCACUUCAUUUAUUACUUGGAUGUAUUUCCACAUUGUUUUCACCAUGUAAAACCAGAAUUAUUCUCAAUUAUUCUGUGCUUUGUGUCAAUAUUUUUUCUUAGGGUGGGAAUGUAUUUGGUUUUUACAAUUUGUUUUCCGACUGACCCUUGGAACAGAUUAAUAAUGCAAACCAAGGUACCACUGUAUUUAUCAUAAUGCACAAACAGGAGGUUUGACAUGUGAGUUGAGUGGAACAACACUGCUCCAAAUUAGAAUAAUAUCUGAUGCUGGUUGAUAUCUGUCCACUGUGUUGAGCUUUGUUUGACAAUGUUGCGUAUAUGCGUGAUUUCUUUAUGUUGAAUGUAUCUACAAGGUCUCUUGUUACAACUAUUUAAAUGCAUAGGAAUAAUAUUAUUGCUCUUUAAUAUGUAUGGCAAGAAGCCCAUGGUUGUGUCUUCAUUUCCGUGAAGACCGUUUUAUACAGAGCUGUGUUUGUGGAAAGAGAAGCUUCUCAAUAAAUGCAUGUUUUUUCCGUCUAAUUCAAUUGUUCCGUUUAUUCAUAAUGUCCACCAGAGGGCGAAAUUACACCAAAAUCUCUUUGGGGUUGUUGGGUUCAUCAGGCUUGAAGCCAUUCUUUUGACUGUGAACAAGUGUGAUCUCGCAUAUUAACAGAUUGUAUGAACGGGGACGGCAUACAAUGUGGUUGCCUGUCGAAUCGCUCUGCAAUGGAAUGUCAAAAAAAAUCAGCGGGCCAUGAUACUAUGGUGCAUUCAAGCGCAUUUGGUAAUUUAUGGCUGAGCAGGAUUCAAAAAGUAAAAGGAUUUAAAUUUGUAGUGUGAAUGCUGUUGUUACAUCUUUUCAUCUUUGUGUGGUGAUUCAUUGUUAUAUGUAGUGGAGGAAAUAAUGACUUGAUCACC